GGUUUCUGUCGGACUUGUUUUUUUAAGAGCAGCUAUAAGGGCUUUCAAAACCCAGCCGCCCCAGUCUAAAUAACUACACUGUGUGCGGGAGUAAGAACACACACAUCCACAGCAGCAGCAACCAUGCCGAGGCAUGAAUCUCAGGAGUGGAUCCGGACAUCAAUGCGCACUCCGGGCAUCUUGAUCUUUGGGAUGGUUUUGGCUCCAUGCGGCUUGAUCCUGAACCUGAUCGCCACCGCGGCCCCGAACUGGAGGACCCUCAAAAACUUCCCCAACAACCCCCCCUCUAACUUCAUCCAGCAAGGCAUCUGGGACAUCUGCUCGGGCUCUACAAUCGUCACGGGAGUGACCUGCGGUCUGCAGGACACUUUAUAUUUCAGGAACCAGAUCAUCCAGGUCGCUCAGGGGUUGAUGGUGGCCUCCCUCAUCGUGGCUCUAAUCGGACUGUGCGUGGCCAUCCCGGGGGUCCGCUGCUGGACCGACAGGCCUAACUGGGUAGUGGCCGGGCUGGGCGGACUGUUGUUCUUGCUCUCAGGCGUCAUGACCAUCAUACCAAUCGCCUGGUACACCCACAUCAUCAAUACCGUCACUACGGUCUCCCCUACCAUAGCUGUGAGUGUCGGCUACUGCAUCAUCCUGGGCUACAUCGGAGGGAUAUUUGAAAUCCUUGCCGGCAUCGUCAUGGCCGUCGGGUUCUGCCGUUGCUGCGGAGGAAAGAACCGAGGAGAGAGGCGGAUUGAGGAGGUCACGGGGCCCCGGUUCAGCCACCAAAGGCAGCCGCAGAGACGAGUUGAAGUGCCCAGUCUGCACCGGGCCAGGAGCAGCGUCAUCAGCAGCGUCCCAUACUCAAAGGACUCCAUGGAUGAGGAUGUGUCCUUCCCCCGGGCCAAGAGAAACCCAACCCGGUCAGUCAACCCCUCAUACAGCGGCAGACCCUAUGAUGCCGACCUAUAAGCAUAUGCACCACAUCUGGAUCUCCAUGGAGACACACAAAGAUACCCACAUGAAGGAAAAACGACUUAAAGACGGACAUGAAUAUUUGCAAAAAGGACUAAGAGUGGGAAAUAUUCUAGA